UUCCAAAGGAUUAUAUUGGUGUCGUUGUUCUAUGUGUUAUUGUAGUUGCGAGAAAGAUGGAUGUGGCCAUAUUGUGUGGAUUCAUUUGUUAUAUCAAAAGAGCAGUUUUUUAAUAUUAAAAUAAUGAAAACAUGUUGCGGUGAAAUGUGUCGGAAUAAAAGUGUAAUGAAAUUGAUCUAUAUGAUGGUUUGAUGGUUCGAGUUGAUGCGAGUGGUUUAACACGCUGGCCUCGUUCCAUGGUAUCCUAUUGCAGCCCAAAGUCUACGUUUAUGGUGUAUCAAAUUUCGACCGUGAGGAUAAUUUUACACCUCUUUUACCUGGGCCCUCUGUGUAGCAUUAUAAGUUAGAACGAAUUAUAGAACUUAGUGCAGUAUAAGUGUACAAACAGACAAAGAGAUUGAUAUUGUAUUAAAAAAACCAUACUUUAACAAAACAGUUGUGUUGAGGGUGACAGAGAGUCUAAAAACGAGGUCAAACACAACGUUCACAUCGUUCAGCGCACCUGUACGGCGUGAGGGAUUUGCAAUGAAAGCGUAGCCAUGGUCUUAGCAGUCCUUAUUAUUUUUUGCCAAUAUCGAACAGAGGUCUACGUUUGGUGUGUUGGUGUUUGUGUGUGUGUGUGUGUGUGUGUGUGUGUGUGUGUGUGUUAUGUAAAAAAGUUUCGGCGAGAGCACUAAUUGGCGGAAAAGUUCGACGGCACCGAGAGCUCGACAAUGUACGCAUCGUCAAAUGUAAUGUUUGGGCACGCAAAUGUAACGCUAUCAGAAGUUGCGUGAUAUUUUGUGGGUUAAAAGGUUAAUGAUGUUCCCACCUAGUCCACAUUCGAAACGCUUAACUGUAAUUCGAUUAAAAGAUAGCAUAACGAAAAUUUCAAUGGAAAUGAAAUAACGGUUAAACAAAAAUAGUGUGUACGUAAAUGAAUAAUUAUGCAUAGUUUUAUCGGAAAAUAAAACAUUAGUAAAGUAUGUUCAACCAGUCAUUGACUAAAGAUAACUAGAAAUCUAUACGUGCAUAUAUCCCGUAUAUUGUAUCGGCUUACAAAACAAUCACGAGCUUAUCUGUGUGAACAUCUUUCAUGUGAAAGCUAUGUUCAAUUUUGUCUUUUGCGUGACGCGAGAAAUACAUGUUCCUGACCUUCCUGAAGGUCCACAGGAGCGGCGACUGUUGGUCAGAAUAUCAUCAUAUGUUAUCAAUAGUUUAGUUUCCGACGGUGAUAGCUAAUCGAUUUCCUAUGCCAUUUUACUGGGGUAACAUUAGACUUGAUACAGGGCAGAAUAGAGAACUCAUGUGGUUGUUUCUAGCUGUUAUGUUUAUAGGGAAGUUGAGUAGUAAUUGAUGAAACUGCUUGACGAAAUAUUAUUAAAAUAUCUAAUAUAACUGCUUUCGAGAUGUUUGAAGCUUUGUCGAAGAUAGAAAAAGCUACGCUUUUUUAAACAAUAAGUUAAGUACUUACUAAAUUAUUCAACGCGUUUAAAUACAAGUCCUUUACAUUAGACUAGAAAACAAUAGUGCACUAUGGAGAGUUCCUUAAAGCUAGCACAACCAAAAUAAUGACAACCCAACGAGAUAGUUUCGCUUUAUAUUUUUCCGUCUCACUUUUCUAAUUCAAUCAAUAAUUCAACCCCAAACACUGAAGGUUUCCACUGGACGGCUGGCUGGACUGAAUGCAGACACAAAUGCACCGAAUAUUUAUGGACCCUCUGAGCAAAUAAAUUGAUUGAGCCUGUUAGUGAGCCAGUAAGAAAAGGGUCAGUUUUAAACGUAAGCAAACGUUUCAAGACCUAGGACUAUCCAGCUGCGGUGUUGUUUCGUUUGAAAUGCGACAUUGAACGGAAGUGGUAGUGCUGUGGUGUACCAAUGGUGAACUUAAAGCUGCCUGUUUUUCAAGUGUUUGUGAAUUUUCGGCCAGGCAAGAACGAAAAACUAGAACAUGCAUGAGCCUGUGGGUAGUGUUGAAUGUUGGUGUUUUACCCAUUAAACCGUUGAAAAAUAACAAUUUAUCUCUGUACAACAUCCGCUGUGCUCUGGAAUGUGAUGGUGCAAGUGGUGUAGAACAAUAGUUUAGUCAAGGUACACGGGCGGGGGUUGCAGCCAUGAAUCGAUACCUGACGCUAAGUCAACUGGGAGACGGUACCUACGGUACCGUUGUCCUUGGCCAGCGGAAGGACACCGGCGAAAAGGUCGCCAUCAAGCGCAUGAAGCGGAAGUACUAUUCCUGGGAGGAAGCGAUGAGCCUGCGGGAGGUGAAGUCUCUGAAAAAGCUUUCCCACGCCAAUGUGGUAAAGCUCAAGGAGGUGAUACGGGAAAACGACGUGCUGUACUUUGUGUUUGAGUACAUGCAGGAGAACCUUUACCAACUGAUAAAGGACCGUGAUACCCAUUUUCCGGAAGCGACCGUAAGACUGAUACUGCAGCAGAUUCUAACCGGGUUGGCGUUUAUGCACCGACACGGUUUCUUCCACCGGGACUUGAAACCAGAAAACGUGCUGUGCAGUGGUCCGGAAACGGUAAAAAUAGCCGACUUUGGAUUGGCUCGCGAGAUACGUUCGCGGCCUCCGUACACGGACUACGUUUCGACGAGAUGGUACCGGGCACCAGAAGUGCUCUUACACUCGACUCGGUACGGCAGUUCCAUAGAUCUUUGGGCAGUGGGAUGUAUCAUGGCGGAGUUAUACACGUUCCGACCACUAUUUCCUGGAUCCAGUGAAGUGGAUCAACUGUUUAAAAUAUGUUCCGUCCUAGGCACACCGGACAAGUCCGACUGGCCCGAUGGUCACAAGCUUGCUGCUACGAUACAGUUCCGAUUUCCGGAAUGCCCCAAAAUACCGCUGGCAACUUUGGUGACGCGUGCCAGUUCCUCUGGAAUACAACUAUUAGAAGAUUUGCUUCUGUGGGAACCGGAAAAGCGACCAACCGCUCAGCAAUCCAUGAGAUAUCCAUACUUUAGUUCGAUAAAAGCUCGUAACUCGGCAAACAUCGCAACGAAUGGUUUAACACAGCACAAUCAAUCACACAAUGGUAACAUAAACGGUGGUCCCGUGCUUGGCGUUCCAAAUGCACGAGUAUCUAUUGUAGAACUAGCUACCAACACAAAGCAUACGCGUGAGGCGAAUGAGAGUAAUGGACAUUUCAAUCCAAUUAGCCAUAACGAGCUGAACGAUCUAAACUCAACGCUAAGCCUAUCACGCGUGUCCGAAACGUCUGUCGAACGGACGUCUCACCACACGCAACUGACUCAGGCCAGUCAGCAAGCGUACACCGAGGAUGAGAAGGAAACUGCUAAGCUUCAGAGUGGUAUAAACUAUAGCUUGCUGAAGGACAUGCUUAAUGGUUACAGUGUCGGAAUUGGAUCUGCAGCUCAACAGAACGGACAGGGAUUGACUAAGGUACUUCGAAACGGCCAAUCGAGUACGUUCAUCAAGUCUAACGCUUCCUACGACACCAAUAAUGUUGCAAGCGAGAUGGACAAGGGUACUAAUCCCGGAUCCGUUGUCAGUUAUGCUAUCAUUAAGCCCGCCGUAGUGCGAAUUGAUGAUAACCGAUUAGCCGACGCACCCAUAAAGCCAGCGGAUGGUAUCGGAAUCGGUGGUAGAAAAGAAAAGGUGAACGAUAUAUUCGUUACACGAAACAAUGACUAUCAGCAGGAUCAGAGUGGAAAUGGUAUCACGAAGGUGGUAGGGCAACGCACUUUUCCGAUCAUUGACAGUGACGAUUCGAGUUACUUCGGAAGCGGUUUCUAUUUGCAUAAGAAAACCUCUGGACAGGUGUUGAAAAAUGGAACAUCGGCCGUAAGCAUUGGAGGUGGGAGUGACGGUGGUGGUGUCGGACUUGGCCGAAGAGCUGUUGGUAGUGGAGUAUACAAUAGUAGCUUUCUUAACGACGGCAAGGCAUACAAUUCAUUUUCAAAACAACCGAUGCUAAUGACGCGGAAGACGGACGAAGACUUGAAGGUGUUCCGUAACCGAAAUGGACCCAUGGAUCGUGCAAUCCACGGCCAUUUUAGCAAAAGCUGGGAGCCAUCACAACAUCUAAGCGAGAGGCAGGAAGAUGACUCGUUAGAAGAAAUUUUAGGAAGUCGAAUAAAAGCAUCUAAAAAACCUGCACACGAUUUCAAGCUGGAGGAUCUUUUUGGAACGCUAUCGUUUAGCAAAGAUUCAACUGCUUCCAAAUACCCGAAUACCGUCCCGUUUGCCAAGAGCUCUACCAAAACGAUCGGACCCAGUGGUGGGAUGGCAGACAUUUUCGACAACUCAGAUACUAAACCUUCCCAUUCUAGUGCAAAUGUGGUGCCACGGCGCAAAAAUCAGCAGCAAGUAUUCGUAUCAGAUACCAGUAACCUUAGCUCCGACAAAUACAACGGUAUUAAUGCAUCAUUCAAGCUGUUCCCUUGGGAUGACAUACCGAAGAAUGGUGUAGAAAAGAAACAAUGGAUACCCGAUGGAGGGGUGUUGGCAUACGUUGGUACCGGUAACGAACACACAGGACGAACGGACUGGGCCGCCAAGUACCUGAGCAAAUAAGACAUGUCUCCAGUUGCACGUCUCAUAGCAUUAUAAGAUUCGUUCUUGUUCUGUCUAGCAACCUAUCUGUGAUAGAUCAGCGUAACUUUAGACAAUUUUGGUAGUUGUUAUGUUUGAGCUGUAUUAAUGAAGUUAUAAAUGAACGCCUUGUACAAAUAUAUGAUACACGAUAUCUUCAGUUCGCUGAUUGUAAUAGUUGGUAGUAUGAAUAAAAGUAAUGAUUUUUUCUUAAAAAUAUGUAUGGGAGAAUUUAUUGAAAUGAAGAAAGGAUUAUGAAUGCAUUUAAAAAUGAGG